AUGACAGACUUUGAUUCGCCCUCGCAAUUCUUUGAUAUCGAAGGCGGUCCUCGGAUUCACUAUACCCAGAACGGAAACCCUGCCGGACCUUUACUCAUCUGCCUCCACGGUCUAGGUGGCUCAUUAGCGACCUUUGUACCUCUGCUGCCACAUCUUCCCAGCGAUAAAUACAACAUUGUCUCAGUUGACUUUGAAGGCUUCGGCAAGACUGCCCUUGUGAGCGAACAGCUAUCAGUGCAGAACUAUGUUGAAGACUUGGCGUUAUUCGUCACACAUCUCCAGAGCUCUUCCCCGACCGGAGCAGCAUGCAGCGAGAGUCCUAUCAUCAUCAUUGGACACAGUCUUGGAUCAAUUGUCGCGUUGCAUUACACAGCCCAGUAUCCUUGCAAGGUUUCUGGUCUCGGUCUCCUAGGAGUAGGGAGAUCAGCGUCGCAUAUAGCGGUAGCCAAGCAACGAAUGUUGAGGCUCGCAGAGAGAGUGAAGGAUGAGGGAAUUGAGAGCGCCGCAACGCUAGCAAUGUCUACAAACUUUGCCGCUGGGGAAGAUAACGAAGACGGCAGACGAGAAUUUGUACGGCGUGAGGUUUUGGCAAGCGACCCAAAGGCAUAUGCGAUGGUGUGCGAGACGACUGUCAGUCUGGAGCAUGUUGAUCCGGAUUUUGCACGCAUAAAGUGCCCGGUGGUUUUCAUUUCGGGUCAAGGAGAUGUAAUCAGUCCUCCGGGCAAAGCGCGCGAAAUCAGCUAUCUUCUCAGUGGCAAGACGGUGGUCGAGGUCGUUCGAGGAGGGCAUCAGCCGAUCUUGAGUGAUUUGCAUGGAACAGCAGAUGCCUUAGCAGAGUUAUUUCGAAUGGUCAAAACCUAG